AUGGGUGGGAAAAUUGAUAGAACUAUUAACAACGGAACAUCACCGUCUAUAUUCCGUAUUAAUGGUCAAAAUUUUCAUCGCAUUGGGAGCUUAGCCCCUUCAGUUGGCAUUCAACCUAAAUUUUCCCAAUUAUACAUUCACGAUACAGAAAAUGAGAUAGAAAAUCGAUUCAACUCUUUGAGGGCGAAAAACAAUGGUUCUACAUUGCAUGUUGAGGUAGUACACGACAUUAAGCAAACGCUAGAUGAACACAAUGUGUUGGUUAAGUCAUUCCGAAUGGCCAAGUCGUUUAUUGAAUCUAAUCCUCAAACUCAUAUAAGAAUGAGAUUAAUAGGGAAGAGGACCAAAGAUGCCAGAACUUAUGCGCUUCCAACUACUUCCGAGGUUGCCGCUCUCAUUGUUGGAGAUAUAGACCCUUACAUGGGACAGCGUGAUAUUAUUGUCGAGUCUAGAUCUGGAGUCCUCAAACGAAUAAGUGAAUUAAACCCAGCUUAUUUACCAUUGCAAUACCCAAUAUUAUUUCCAUAUGGAGAGGAUGGUUUCAGGGAAGAUAUACAGUUUGCUACAAGACUUUUCAAGAAAGAGUGUUUCACAAAGAGACAAUUCUUGGUUGAUGCAUAUACUAUGGUUGAAUCUUCGAGGUUACUCUAUAUUCGGUUAAAUCAAAAAGCUUUGAGGUGUGAGGCGUACAAAGGUCUCUCUGAUGCGCUGACGCGAGGUGAAGUUCAACCUAGUUCUCAAGACCCGGCCUUUAUGGACACGAUCAUUUCAGCCGAGAUCCCCGACAAGGUGACAGAGAAUGAAUACUACAAACAUGUUGGAGAAUUCAUGUUGCACGGCCCGUGUGGUGCUGCCAGGAUUAAAUCACCGUGCAUGGCAAAUGGCAAGUGUUCAAAGCAUUUUCCAAAAAGAUACAUUGAUGCAUCGCAUUUUGACCAAGAUGGUUACCCGUUGUCAAUCAAGUACUUAUUCAAGUAUGUAAACAAGGGCAACGACCGGGUCACUGCUGAGUUUUAUAAGGCUACGAUCGAUGGAGCUGGUAACGAGAUUGUGGAUGAGAUAAACAUGUACUAUGAUUGCAGAUACGUAUCUGCAUGUGAGGCAACAUGGAGGUUGUUUAGUUUUGAAGUACAGUACAGAACUCCCCCGGUUGAGCGAUUAAGCUUUCACUUGCCGGACUGCCAAUCAGUUGUUUUCCAAGACGAUGAUACGAUUGAUAAUGUCCUCAAUAGGGAAACCGUUGGGCAAAGUAUGUUUAAUGCAUGGUUUGUAGCCAAUCAGAAUUUCAAAGAAGCGAGUUUACUGACGUACAUCGAGAUGCCUACCAAAUUUGUGUGGAAGAAGGACAUCCGUGAAUGGCAUCCAAGAAAGAAGGGUUCCUCAAUUGGUAGAAUAUUCUAUCUAGACGAUGAUAAAGAGUACAUUGAUGUUAUAAAUGAAGCAAGCUAUUGGUCCAAUGCGCAUUCAUUGAAGAAGCUAUUUGUUGUUUUACUAACAUCAUCAUCAAUCAUUAGACCCGAAAAUGUUUGGAAUCAAGUGUGGAAACAUUUGUCUGAAGAUGCUCAACACUAUCAAAUGAGAGUAUUAAAACAACAAGAGUUGUCUUACGAUUCGGAACAGUUGAAGACAGAUUCUGAGGUCCUUUGUGCCAAACUAACUGAAGAACAGGGUCUCAUAUAUGAUACUGUUAUCCAAGAUAUUGAGAACAAGAAGGGUGGCUUAUUUUUUGUUUAUGGUUACGGUGAAACAAGAAAGACUUUCCUGUGGAGAGCUUUAUCAGCUGCAGUCAGAUGCAAAGGCCAAAUCGUUUUAAAUGUCGCUUCAAGUGGCAUAGCUUCUUUGUUGUUACCAGGUGGCCGGACUGCACACUCGAGAUUUGCAAUACCUAUUGCAAUAAAUGAGGACUCUACCUGUAACAUUAAGCAAGGUAGCGACUUGGCUGAAUUGCUGAUCAAGACGAGCUUGAUAAUUUGGGAUGAAGCUCCCAUGAUGCACAAACAUUGCUUUGAAGCUUUAGAUAGAAUCAUGCGGGAUUUGUUGCGUUUUGUAGACCCUAAUAGUGAAAUGAAGACGUUUGGUGGUAAAACAGUUGUUCUGGGUGGAGAUUUCCGCCAAAUUCUUCCAGUAGUUCCCAAAGGUACACGGCAAGACAUUGUUUCUUCAGCAAUCAAUUCAUCAUACCUAUGGGAUAGUUGCAAAGUGUUAAGGUUGACUAAAAACCUCAGGCUCAGCUCGGUACCAAAUGGUGGAAACCGACAGGCGUUACAAGAGUUUGCUGACUGGAUUGCCAAUAUCGGCGAUGGGAAGCUUGGUGGGCGGAAUAAUGGGUUUGCAGAUGUUGAAAUACCAAUGCACAUCACCAACGCUGUUAAUGACUAUAUGACUGAGUUGCACAAUGCCAAAAGUAGGUCAUACUAUAGUUCAGACGCAGUAUGCAAAGCCGAUGGCGAUAACGGUAUAUUUGGAGACGUACACACACUGAAGUUUCUAAAUAGCAUUCGGGUUUCAGGUCUACCAAAUCAUACACUGACUUUGAAAAUCGGAUCACCAGUAAUGUUAAUGAGAAAUAUUGACCAUUCUCUUGGUUUGUGCAUUGGAACUCGGUUGAUAAUCACAAAGCUAGCAGAUCAUGUGAUUGAAGGCGAGAUUCUGACUGGUCCCAACAAAGGUACAAAAGUGUUAAUCCCCCGAAUGUCAAUGGCACCCUCGGAUCCGAGAUUGCCGUUCAAGUUUCAACGAAGACAAUUCCCAUUGAUGCUUUCAUAUGCGAUGACCAUAAACAAAAGUCAAGGCCAAACGUUGACUUAUGUAGGUUUAGUACUAAAGAAACCGGUUUUUGUACACGGUCAGUUGUACGUAGCUGCAUCUCGGGUUAAUAAUCCAGACGGUCUCAAAAUAUUGAUAGCAAAAGACUCAAGUUCAACUACAACCUCAACCACUAAUGUUGUAUAUCAUGAAGUUUUCAAUAAUUUGUAG